AUGCCUCAAAAUAGGAAUGAUGAUACACAUCAAAAUGAAGAAGUAUAUUGCAUUAACCUUGAUGAUGAUACACACCCUUCCAAUGAAUUCACCCGUGAUGCAGCUCGAAAUUCUGUUGGAAGAGGUGGACAACGUGACAUGCGUAUGAAUAAUUCAAACUGUAGUGGCAAACGUGGGAUUAGUACGCAUAUAUUUGGAAGGACCUUGGGAACUAGUGGGGAAGUGGUUCGAGAGAAACUCGAAGAAGAUAAUCGAAGAAGUGGUUCAAGAAGUUGGUUCCAAGUAGAUCAGACAAGAGUGAUAAAAAUGUGGAGUGGUAUGACUUUGGUCUUAUCCAGAAUAGACGGUACAACCAUUCAAAACUUUAAUGUAACGAAGAUUUAUGAUCCGUCAAAAUAG